AUGGCAGGCUCCUCUAAUUGGCAGAACAACCAAGCGCUAUUUCCGCCGUCUUCAUUAUAUCCGGCACAGCAGCAGCCAUCUCCACAGCAACCGCCUCAUUAUGGACAAAACGUAUAUGCACAACAACUACGACAACAGCCAUCUUCAUCUGGACCUUCAUUAUUACCCUUACGACCUUUGCAACCUAGCCCAUACCCUUCAAUGGGAUAUCCCAUCUAUCCAUAUCCUAGAAGCAGGAAUGGCUCACAAUUUGAGCAAUCAGAGCAAGAUAAAGCAGAAAAUCGACGCACUCGUAUCAGUCGAGCAUGUGACGCAUGUAGACGUAAAAAGAUAAAAUGUGACACAAGUGGACCUGGAAACACAUGUAAAAACUGCAAAUCAUCAAAUCUGGAGUGCACUUACAACGAUAGUGCCAAAAAACGUGGGCCUCCAAAAGGAUACAUUGAAGUGCUGGAAAACAGAUUGAAGCGAAUGGAGCAGAUACUUGGUAAUCUGACUGAUGAUGAGAAAUUGGCUUCCAGCAGCGCCAAACCAGCAAAGAAGAGAAAGACAGACAAUGCAGCCUCAACCUCACCUACAUCGACAACGGAAGCAGAGACAAGCAAUACGACUAUGAGUCAAACAGAGCAAGUUACACCAGAGGACAAGGUUGUUGCCAUCGCCGCACCUGCCAUCGAAAACGAAGCUACAACAGCCACAACCGGCGCCAUGACCGAAAAACCAUUAGCGGUUGAAUUAUCGUCAUUGAGUACAGAAAUGCAGACACGUUAUAUAGGCGACAUGAGUCCAUUGCCUUUUCUAGCACAGAAGAUCAACUUUGAAGAUGCUCGGAUUGCAUCUCAAAUUGGCAUCAAGAUUAGAAGAUUUGGACAAAGUUUAGUCUUGUACGAGAAGGCUGAUCCGUCUGGGAAGAACGCAAAUCACAAACUAUUGGAGGAACUAGGCAUGUUGAAACCUGGGGAAACGAUCAAAAGCUUGAAUGAUUGGAUAUACAAGGUCGCCGGUGUAGAUAAAGUGACAAGUGAUAGCUUGAUGAAGAUCUAUUUUGCCUAUAUUCAUCCGGGUCUGCCUGUGGUCAACAAACUUCUUUUCCUAAAACAGUAUCGAGGGGAAAUCGGCGAAUAUCCUUCCGCACCACUCUUGAAUGCUAUAUUCGGCGCCGCUGUGCGGUAUAUUGAAACAUGCAAAUUGUUUGGGGAUAAAGUGCCGUUGGAUCACCAAAUUGAGACAAAAGAGGACUGGUCAGAAAGAUUGUUCGAGAACCUGUUGAUCUAUCUCAAGGGCAGAUAUAGUCCAUGUAUCUCAACUGUGCAAGCCAUGGUCAUCGCUCAAAACCACAGAGCCAGCCUAGACGAAAAAAUGACAAGUGGAUGGUUACUGAAUUCAGCUGCAAUCCGCAUGGCACAAGAUUUAGGUCUUCAUCGUCAAAGCGAAAGCUGGGAUAUUCCUACAUCUGAAAAGGAAACGAGAAAACGGGUAUGGUGGUCAGUGUAUAUUAUGGACAAAUGGUCUGCUGCCUCGACUGGAAGACCUCAGACUAUCUUUGACGAAGAUUGCGAUGAAACGUAUCCCAGUGAAAGUGCUGAUUGGGAAGAAGUGAUGGAUGUUCCUUCAAAAGACAGCGAUGAAGAAGGUCCAAGAUACCCUUCGUUGGAUAAAAGUGUGGCACAGAAAGCAAAGAGCGAGAAUAUCCCUAUUUAUCAACCGUUUGUACAGCUUGUGAAAUUGUCUGAAAUACUGGGUCGAUUAUUACAAGGCUUGUAUACGCCUCUUGCAAAAAAGCACAGUGAAAAGCAUGGCAGUGAUGCUGUGGUCACAUAUCUGGACAACGCUCUUUCGGAAUGGCGUUCUGCUCUCCCACCUGCUCUCCAGAUAUCCAGCUUCAAUGUGCGUCGAUUAGAUAGCCAUGGUCGAACACCUCUGUUAUCCAUGUCAGGCCUCAUGUAUCUGUCGUACUGUACACUGCUGAUACUGCUUCACAGACCUUUCAUUGAAAAGGACAGCAAUCAAAAGACGAGAUCGUCCCAAUCCUCGCUAAGCAUCUGUACCAGUGCAGCUACGCGAUGUGUGGAUAUCGCUGAAAAGAUGCACUACCGUGAUUUCCUUCUCGUGUCCUGGAACUUUGCCAUCUACCCCGUCUUUACAGCCUCUCUGAUUCACAUCUACAAUGCCACCAAUCCUGACAGCAUUGUAUCAGACAUUGCAAAGACAAAUCUCGCCAAAGCCUGCGGUGUUAUCAAACGUCUCUCCAAGCUAUCGAUAGGUGCAGCUCAACUCUACGACGUGUUGCAUCAGUUGACAAAAAUUCGGGAAAUCAGCAUUGACUCUUCGGUCUUUGAUGAAGAAGAGGAUCCUGUUAGAGAUCGUGCUGUAAAACUAGCCAACAAAUGUCAUGGCCACAAAGUCUUUACCAGCAAACUCAAAAAGGAUAGAAAGACCUCUGAGGACAGUAACAAUAGCAACAGCUCUGAAGGCGCUGGAAGAUUGUCGGAUGUUGGUCGCGGUAGUAAUGCAGGUUAUAACAGUACCAAAUCACAUCUUCACCAAAGAGACUCAUCCACUGAAAUUGCGUCUCCUUCGCUUACAAUUUUAUCAGACCCAGAAGUGCAUAAUAGCGCCAACUCUACUCCUACCUCUACAAACAAUGGAGACUGGAUCAAUGGUUUGUACUCUUCUAUGCAAAACGAGUCGCUCAAUCAAGUGAAUGUUCAACAGCAGCAGUUUCAGCAGCAGCAGCAGCAGCAGCAACAGCAACAGCAACAACAGCAGCAACAACAGCAACUGGAGCAAAACCAGAGACAAUAUCAGCAGUUGCAACAACAGUUGCAGCAACAACAGCACCCACAACCAACGCAGCCAGCUCGAAUGCCUACCAGCUAUCAAGACUCAGAACCCUAUUCAUUACGGCAAUUUGGCUUGGCAACAGAACCAAUGUAUGCACCUGUCAAUCAUAAUAACCAGGCACUAAAUAUGCAACCUCCGUAUCAAACAAAUACAAACACAAAUGUUAAUGGCAAUUUGCAGCCAUUUAUGCUUCCUGUGAAUCCCUCAGACAGCUUUUUAUUCAGCUUAACGGAUGCUGGAUUCUCUACACCUACUAAUAUGCAACCCGUAAUGACAGCUUAUGAGGCAGUGCCUAAUACAAACACCAACAAUACAUCAAUUAAUAACACUAAUACAGCACCCACCAAUGCCACAUUCAAUACAAGCGCUGCAUCAUCGUCCAGCAAUAACCUGCUGGAUCAAACCAUCUUUAGAAAUAGACCUGAUAAUCCAUUCUGGGCUGUUCCUAGUAGCAUUGAACUGGAUGAUUGGACAGCCUAUCUGCUUCCUCAACAACCUACAACAUCAAAUCAACAGCAAGUUACCUCUCAAGCAUCAUGGAAUUCAGCUACUCAAGGUUGGAUGUGA